AUGCUCCGCUCGAGUGCUCGCGCCGACCAGCAGGGCCCUCCAGGAUCAGAACUCGUCCGCGAAGGCCAAGCACCGCACGACGUAUCGCACAUCGACUCUGAUAUGGCUAUCGGCAAUUCUGGCGCGGACUUGAGCUUACGCACUCCUGCUGGUCGCCCGCUUCGCACGUCCCAAAUGCUUCGGGGAACGCAUCGCACUUCGCCCUACAGUCCUACCGAUUGUCCAGCCGCUCAGCAGCGCGACGCGUCGUCAACGGCAUCGCAGGCGUACACAAUGGCCACGAGUUUCGCAGCGCACAUUGCGGACACGCUGCCUCCGCCACCCACCCUUCCAACCGCCUCGAAUGUUCCUCCUGCCAGCGCAGCUUCGCCGAACGCGUCGGAGCGGCCUCGAAAGGUUGCGCCUCCAGUAAGCCCACCCGUGCGUGCUCCGCUCCUCCAGCCGCCCGACUUGUGCCUCAAGAAGCGUGAUGGCGCGUGCCUCACGAUCACGCCGCCGAAGCUACAGGGCUUGCGCGUCCAUCGCAAGGUCACUGCAUACCGUCCUCUCACGAUGGACGAGGUUGAAGGACUCGACCUGAUCCCGCUCGGCGAACGAUUUGACAAUGGCCAUGUCUUAUACUCUCCGCCUCUAUUCCGCUACGGAUCGUCGACUUCGUGCGUUAGCACGCCCGACCUCUCCCCCUCAACUUUCGUCGAUACCUCGCCCGCCCCCUGCGGAUCGCCUCAGCUGUCACAUCGCCCGCCCUCCGAGCCCUCUCUCCUCCUCUUUGACAGCACGCCUCUUGCGACAGGCAGUUCGGCAUUCGUCCAUGCUCUCGUCACAGAGCUUGCGGUUGUCAUGAAGGUGUCGAUCCUGGAGGAGGACCGCGCGGCGAUCGAGCGGGAGGGGCGCUUUUACGAGCAGAUCGGCGGAAAGCUUGACGGUGUAUUGCCGAAUUUCUUCGGCAUGUUCAGGGGUCGUCCAAACGGGAACGACGCGGUGGCGCUCCUGCUGUCCCGCCACGGCAAAGCGCUCGAGGACUUCGAGGUUCUCUUGGCUGAGCAGAGACAUGAGCUAUACGCCAAACUCGUUCGCGUGCACGAGGUCGGCAUCAUCCACAACGACCUCGAGCCUUUCAACGUCGUCUACGACCGCAACUCGGGCGACAUCCGCAUCAUUGACCUCUCGCGUGCAACAAGUCAUGCUUGCCUCGGCCCGACCGCAUGCGCCGAGCUGCAGAGGUUCAAGCGCCUGCUGUGCGUGUCGUAG